AUGUCCAAGCAAACCCUUCAAAAAUUGAAAAUCAAGACCGGAAGCUGCAAUCGAUGCUUCAAAGAAUACAACUUGUAUAAAGUAGAGUUGCAAAAGGAAAUGGAGCGGCUCACUUCCAUGCAAAACAAAGGAGAAGAGGAAACCAAAUUGAGACAACAACAAAAUGUGAUUGAGGAAACCAAGCAAAUGAUUCCAAACUCUCAAUCCCGAUUGCAGAACGCCUAUGCCGAUUUGAAGAAGUUUUUAGAAGAAGUGAAAGAUGAUGAAGCUUUGCUGGAAACAACUGAAUACAAAACUGCUCUGACAGCCAUUUCUCAAGUGGAAGAAUCUAACAAUGUAACUCCAUAA